AUGCCGAAGCGCGCCGAGUGCGUCCCGCCGCAGGGCGUCGAGCUCAUCGUCGUGCGCGGCACGGGCAACAAGUUCUUCGCGGAGGACGUGCUCGACCAGCUGAGCUACUUCGCCGCGGGCUCCGCGAACGCGCGCGACGCGUGCGCGGACGCGUCGACGUGGCGCUGGACCGAGGCGCGGUCCGUGGCCUUCGUGCCCCCCGCGACGGUCGCGGCGACGCCGCGGCCGCUCUUCGCGCUGCCGACGGGCCCGCGCGCGCGCGAAGCGUACGUCGCGAUCCUGCGCCACCCGAUCCUCCGCGUCGCGAGCCGCUACUGGUUCGAGGGCCGCUGGCCCCAGCACGCGCCGGAGCCGGCCGCCAAGCCGUCGCUCGGCGCCUGGGUCAACGCGACGAGGCUCCCCGCGCGCCAGUCCGGCGGCCACCUCUGGAACGUGCCGGACGACCUCUACACGAAGCAGUUCGCGGGCUGGCGCGACGGGCCCAUGUGCCACCACGGGUCCGCGGGCUGCCGCGGCGGCCUCGCGGAGGAGAACCUGGAGAAGGCCAUCCACGCCCUCGCGACGCACGUCGACGCGCUGCUCAUCACGGAGUGGCUCGCGGCGCCGGGGCAGAUCGAGUGGCUCGCGCGGAAGUUCUGCUUCGCGACGGACGGGCGCGGCGGCUUCGACGGCGCGACGGCGCCGUCCUGGUGGCAUUUCCCCAACGCGCGGCGCGCCGGCGGCGGGCACCACGGCCGGCGCCCGGCGGGCUGGGCGCCCGACCUCGCGGACCUGGAGCUCCUCGUGGACCUCAACUCCUGGGACCUGCGGCUCUUCGCGUCCGCGGCGGACACCGUACGACGGCGCAUCCGCGCGUCCGCCGGCGCGGCCCUCGCGGACGCGCUCCCCGCGCUCGCGCCGAGCGACGCGCCGGGCCUCCGCGCGCGGCUUCGCGCCUGCCCCGCGCCGACGGACCGCAGGACGGCGUGCUAA